AUGGGUUGUACACAGAGCACAGAGGACAAGGAGGGCAGAGCGCGAAAUGAAGAAAUCGAGACGCAGCUGAAAAAGGACAAGAUGAGCCAGAGGAAUGAGAUCAAAAUGCUCCUCCUUGGAGCUGGAGAGUCAGGCAAAUCGACCAUUCUGAAGCAGAUGAAGCUCAUCCACGAUAACGGAUACAGCCGAGAAGAACGAGAAAGUUUCAAAGAAAUCAUCUACAGCAACACUGUUCAGUCAAUGCGUGUCAUUCUAGAAGCCAUGGAGUCACUAGAGCUGCCUCUUGACGACCCGCGAGCCGAGUUCCACGUCCAGACCAUUUUCAUGCAACCACCGCAGAUCGAAGGAGAUGUCCUUGCUCCAGAAGUCGGAACUGCUGUUGAGGCUCUCUGGAAAGAUGCUGGCGUACAAGAAUGUUUCAGCCGAUCGAGAGAGUACCAGCUCAAUGACUCUGCAAGAUAUUACUUUGAUUCGAUUUCCCGCAUCGCACAGCCCGAUUACGUUCCCAACGAUCAGGAUAUCCUUCGCUCCAGAGUCAAGACAACCGGCAUCACAGAGACCUCCUUUCACAUUGGUGAGCUGACCUACCGUAUGUACGAUGUUGGUGGGCAACGAUCAGAACGAAAGAAAUGGAUUCACUGCUUCGAAAAUGUCACCACAAUUCUCUUCUUGGUUGCCAUCUCCGAAUACGACCAACUUCUUUUCGAAGACGAGUCGGUCAACCGCAUGCAGGAAGCGCUUACCCUUUUCGACAGCAUUUGCAACUCGAGAUGGUUCACAAAGACGAGUAUCAUCUUAUUCCUAAACAAGAUUGACCGCUUCAAAGAGAAGCUACCUGUGAGCCCGAUGCAGAACUAUUUCCCAGAUUAUGAAGGUACGCAUUCCUGGUUUGCUGGGCACCCUUUUGUACCGGAUCCUCCCAAGAACUGUCCCUCUGACUGGGAGACAGGUGGACCCGAUUAUGCUGCCGCAUGUGACUAUAUAUUGAACCGGUUUGUGAGCCUCAAUCAACACGAUACAAAGCAAGUUUAUACCCACUUCACCUGCGCUACGGAUACCACCCAGAUUAGAUUCGUUAUGGCUGCCGUCAACGGAAAACCUUCGACUUUGUGGACUCAUAUGACCUCGGCGAUUGCACCACUGUCGCCAACAGCCCGCGUCGUCUUGACCAAAUCUUCUUCAGGCAUUGGGUCUUGGAUCGGAAAAGGGGACAGUCAACAAAUUGUACUUAUGCUUCAGCGACAGGUUUCUGCUCUGCACACACACGCGUUUGCUUUCCGUCACCUCGUCUCCAGCGUAACUGGUAUCUUUGGUCGUCACCAGCAGCCAAGGCUUUAG